AUGGAAGUAUACAUGAGUUCCACAAGCCCAGGUUCAUACUCACGGCUCCGCUUUCUCUUGUAUCUCCUCACCCUUCUCCUUUCCAUCAUAAACUCACAUUUAUCCUUAGCCUCCGCCGCCACCAGUACUUCUUCCACCCAAACCUACAAAACUUACAUCAAAACCACCUGCAAUUCAACUCUGUACCCAAAAGUUUGCUACAAAUCCCUCUCCUACCACGCCUCCGAAAUCAAAACAGAUCCUCUGAAACUUUGCAACGCUGCCCUCGAAGUUGCACUAGAAGCUGCGCAAAAUACAUCCUCCACAGUAUCGAAGAUAUCUAAACAAACAGGAUUGUUGAGUACUGAAACGGCAGUCAUUGAGGACUGCAUUGAUAAUGUGAAGGAUUCAAUAUAUGAGCUUCGAGAUUCUCAGAAUGCGAUGGGCCAACUUGGGGGUUCGAAUGCGGAGUUUCAAAUAGAUAAUGUAAAGACUUGGGUAAGUGCCGCAAUAACGGACGAGAAUACGUGCCUGGAUGGGUUGGACGAGAUGAAGGUGAAUACGACAGUUAAAAAGAAAAUUAGGAAGUCUAUACUGAAUCUCUGCAAGAUGACUAGCAAUGCUUUAGCUCUCAUCAAUACUCUCAAGUACUAA